AUGGACGCCCCUGCUGAUGCUGUGCUGCGUGUGGCUCAGUUCGCCCUCUCCUGCACUGUGGAGCGCACUGCAGCCCGCCCAAGCAUGGCACACGUCGCCAACGAGCUGCAGGCCAUCCGGGAGGAGUGGGUGGGGAAAGAGGAGCUGAGCGCGGCUGUCAAGGUGGAUGCAGAGGUGCAGGAGAUGAAGGAUUUUGUCGGCGUGAACAGCCUCGACACCGAACUUCAAAUGAUUGACGGCAACUUGGGUGAAGGUUAA